AUGGCUGCGUAUGCGGGAAUUCGCCACUGUCUAGGGGAACUUGCAUACGUAGACAAGGGUCACAUUCAGUAUCUCGCCAUUCUCCAUACUCGAAUCCGAAGCCGAGACAAUUUGUGUAAGAACUGCAAGAGACCUGGUCAUUAUGCUAGGGAAUGCCCAAAUGUUGCAAUUUGCCACAAUUGUGGACUCCCUGGGCACAUUGCUUCUGAAUGCACCACAAAAUCGUUGUGCUGGAAUUGUAAAGAACCUGGGCACGUGGCUAGCAACUGUCCAAAUGAAGGCAUCUGUCAUACCUGUGGUAAAGUUGGACAUCGCGCAAGGGAGUGCACAGCACCUCCAAUGCCACCAGGGGACUUGAGGUUGUGCAACAACUGUUAUAAACAGGGUCAUAUUGCAGCUGAAUGCACCAAUGAGAAAGCAUGCAACAACUGUAGGAAGACAGGACACCUGGCACGUGAUUGUCCAAAUGAUCCCAUUUGUAACUUGUGCAAUGUUUCUGGGCAUGUAGCUAGACAGUGUCCAAAAGCUAACAUGCUUGGAGAUCGUGGCACCAGUGGCGGUAUGCGUGGGGGUGGUGGUGGUUACCGAGAUGUUGUAUGCCGGAAUUGCCAGCAAUUGGGUCACAUGAGUCGGGACUGCAUGGGACCUCUGAUGAUUUGUCACAAUUGUGGAGGUCGUGGUCACCUGGCAUAUGAGUGCCCUUCAGGUCGAUUUGUGGAUCGUUAUCCCAGGCGGUACUGAUGGUCAUGGAUGACACUUUAAGGUUUAUGUUUGUGUUUUUUCCUCUGUUUUCCCCGUUGGAGAGAUGCGGUUAUAAUGCCAUUAUUGGCAUUUCAGAAUUGUGACUGCUUGCUUUAGGAAUAAUUAUUCAGUACCUUCUAGAGAUUUCUUAUUGUAUGAAUCCUGUUCCAUGAUGAGGGUGUUUACGGUUAAUCCGGUACAAGUUUUUGUGGUUGUUGGCUGGAGAUUGAAUGAUGCACUAGUUUUUGUACCCAAAAAACAAUUAUGUACUAGUUUUUAACUAAAAUUAAAGCCUCGUGUGAAUGUCAUUAUUGUCUAAA